GCAGAGAGAGCAAGACAGAUUGGGGAAGUGACCCAUGUUUGGGCUGUUAAAUUGAGGGAGAGGCUCAUGAAAAGGAAAAUAAAAAUUCUCUGAAAUUUUACAGGCAUGUUAGUAUAACUUUUUGGGAUUUCAUUUUGCCCAUAUAUUGGACUUUUGGGCAUAUUUUUCUACAAUUUUUAUUCUGUAUUUAGAUGCUUAAUGCCUACUUCCCCUCUUAAGAUUUUUAAACUGUAGGAGUGAGUGUGCUUUUAUCUCUGUGUGUGUCUGUGUGCGUGUGUGUGUGUGUGUGUGAUAUAGUAAACCAUGGAGCUGGAACAUUUAGGCGGUGGUGGGGUUAAAACUGAGAGGGGCAGCAGUCGUCUCUACAAGAUAGCUCUGGCCAUGUGUGUGUGUCUCUGUGCUGCUCUGCUUCUUGCUCUCAUACUGGUAUCUCAAAAAUCAAGUCAGGAGGAGUUCUGUCUGACCCCAGAAUGCAUUGAAGCAGCGGGGUCUAUUCUAAGUAAAAUGGAUAAAUCUGUAAGCCCCUGCGAGGACUUUUAUGCUUUCGCUUGCGGCGGUUGGCUGAAGGAGAACCCCAUUCCUGAAGAUUCGUCCUCUUACGGCAUCUACCCCUGGCUAAGACAGCAUGUUGACAUCCAGCUUAAAGAGUUACUUCAAGUUCCUUCUGACUCUGCCGAACUGGAGGCCAUGACCAAGGCUAAGAUCCUCUACCGCUCCUGUAUGAAUGAAACUUUAUUGGAGGAGCUGGAUGCCAAACCGAUGCUGAAAACACUUAAACAACCUGAGUUUCGAUGGCCUGUUGUGGGGGACGGGCGCGGUGGGGAAUAUCAGUGGUCACAGAGUGAUUGGAGCCUCCUGAAGACGCUGGCAGAGAUGAGGAACCAGCACAGUAAGAGCGUCCUGAUUCGCCUGUACGUCUCCCCUGAUGACAAAAACUCCUCUCAGUACAUCAUCAAGCUCGAUCAGGCGUCCUUGUCUCUGCCUUCCAGGGAAGACUACAUCACCAACACCUCCUCUGCUCAGGCGUAUCGCGCUGCUCUGCUCAGUUUGAUGGUGGACGUGGCCGUCAUGCUGGGCGCCCCAGAGAAAGCAGCACUGACCCAGAUGGAGAAGGCUCUCGCCUUUGAGACCAAAGUGGCUCAUAUCCUGAUUCCCUAUGAAAACCGCACCAGCGAGAACAUGUACAACAAAUAUUCGCUGUCUCGCCUGCAGCGCUCAAUACCUCAGUUUGAGUGGCUGAAUUUCGUUAAAGCUGUAGUGGAGUCUAAAGGCGACCCGGCUCUGUCCAUCACGUCCUCUGAGCUCGUCAUCGUCAGAGUUCCGCAGUACUUCAAGGAACUUAUGAAGCUCAUUGAGGCCACAGACCCCCGGACAGUAGCUAACUACGUCCAGUGGAGGACAGUCUUCUCCCGGAUCACCACUCUGAGCCGUCGUUUCCUCUACAGAUACCUCGACUACGCUCGGGUAACCACAGGAACCACCUCUCUGACCCCGCGCUGGGAUAAGUGUGUUAACUACGUCGAGAACUCACUUGUUUACGCCACUGGCCGCCUUUUUGUCAACACGCACUUCCAGGAGGACAAGAAACACAUGAUGGAGGAGCUGAUUGAGGGCAUCCGCUGGGCGUUCAUUGACAUGCUGGAGAAGGAGAAUGAUUGGAUGGAUGACUUAACCAAGAAGAGAGCUGUGGAGAAGGCCCAUGCAGUCCUGCCCAAGGUUGGCUACCCAGAAUUUAUUUUGAAUGACACCUACCUCAAUGAAGAUUUGAAGCAGCUAGAGUUCAAUGAAAAAGAUUACUACGGCAACGUGAUGCAGACGCUGAAGUUCAUCGCAAAAUCCGAUCUCGCCUGGCUACGAAAGAGUGUCCCACGCACAGAGUGGUUUACAAACCCAACAACUGUGAACGCCUUCUACAGUUCGUCCACAAAUCAAAUAAGAUUUCCUGCUGGAGAGCUUCAAAAACCCUUCUUCUGGGGAAGAGAGUAUCCAAGAUCUUUAAGUUACGGUGCCAUUGGGGUGAUAGUUGGACAUGAGCUGACACACGGCUUUGACAAUAACGGUCGCAAGUAUGACAAAAAUGGCAAUCUUGAACAAUGGUGGAGCAACUCGUCUAUAGAGGCCUUCACUGACAAGACCCAGUGUAUGAUUGAACAGUAUAAUGGCUACCACUGGGAGGAGGCAGGCCUAAAUGUGCGCGGGAAGAGGACUCUGGCAGAAAACAUAGCAGACAAUGGAGGAAUAAGAGAAGCGUUCAGGGCGUACAGGCGGUGGGUGGAUAAGAGCAGAGGUGGUGCGGAGGAGCCUCUGCUGCCUGGAGUUGGACUGAACAACAACCAACUGUUCUUUUUGAGCUACGCACAUGUAAGAUGUAACACCUACAGACCAGAAGCAGCCAGGGAGCAGAUCCAGAGUGGAGCUCACAGUCCACCAAAAUACAGGGUUAUUGGAGCAAUGAGUAACUACGAGGAAUUUCGGAAAGCAUUUAGUUGUGCCGAGUCAUCAAUUAUGAAUCGAGGAGAACAAUCCUGCCGGGUGUGGUAACCUUUGACCUCAGCUUGAUACUCCUGAAAAGGCUGAUAAUGCUGGAUUUAACCAACAUAGUUUACAUGAUAAGGGAGCAACACAAAAAUGAAGCAGAGCUGAUCUAACUGAAAUACCCUAACAUACAGACUUCGGUAAGUGUGGAUCAUUAAACUGAAGCCAUUUUCAACUGGCUAACAAGAAAAAGUUCUUUUUUUUUUUUUUUUACUGCAUAUGUCACAUAAAUUAUUUCUAUAAAGGACCAUAGUUACAGGGUUAUAGAAAAAAGACGUUUUUGAGACACUUGUACAACAACACAGUUACCCUAUAUUGCCAAAAGUAUUCAGUCACCCAUCCAAAUCCUUGAAUUCAGGUGUUCCAAUCACUUCCAUGGCCACAGGUGUGUAAAACCAAGCACCUAGGCAUGCAGACUGCUUCUACAAACAUUAGUGAAAGAAUGGGUCAGGUACUCAGUGAAUUCCAGCAUGGUACUGUGAUAGGAUGCCAUCUGUGCAAAAAGUCCAGUUGUCAAAUUUCCUUGCUACUAAAUAUUCCACAGUCAACUGUUAGUGGCAUUAUAACGAAGUGGAAGUGACUCAGCCAUGAAGUGGUAGGCCAUGUAAAAUCACAGAGCAGGUCAGCAGAUGCUGAGGUGCAUAGUGCACAGAGGUCACCAACUUUCUGCAGAGUCAAUUGCUAUAGACAUCCAAACGGUGGUGGGUUGCACAACUAUAGCAGUGACUCUUAAUGCUUCAGCAAUUUGAUGCUCCCAACUUUGUGGGAACAGUUUGGGGAUGGCCCCUUCCUGUUCCAACAUGACUGUGCAUAAGUGCACAGAGCAAGGUCCAUAAAGACAUGGAUCAAGUUUGAUGUAGGAAAAACUUGACUGGCCUGCAAAUCUUGAGUUCUGACCUUAACCCAAUAGAACACUUUUGGGACGAAUAGGAGCAAGACUGUGAGCCAGGCCUUCUCAUUCAACAUCUGUGUCUGACCUCACAAAUGUGCUUCAGGAAGAAUUGUCAGAAAUUCUCAUAAACACUCCUAAACCUUGUGGAAAGACUUCCUAGAAGAGUUGAAGCUAUUAUAGCUGCAAAAGGUCAUCAUCAUCAUAUUAAACCCUGUGGAUUAAGAAUGUGAUGUUCAUAUGCAUGUGCCAGCAGAUGAGCAAAUACUUUUGGCAAUAUAGUUUAUAUGUAGUGUACCUGUAGCUAGAUAAAUGUACUGCAUUUCUCAUGAGAAUAAAGAAUUUAUAUAUUAUUGUCAAUGUACAAUGAAAUGAACAUUUCUACUGGUUAGAAAAAAUAUAUUCCAGAUGUUUUGGUGACUGUAGGAUGCAGCUAUAUCAGCUCAGACUCUGCAUUUAUUUGUUAGCAGCCCUGUUUAUGAACACUGUACACCAAAGAUUAGCUAUGUAAGUAAAGCAAAGCUACUUCAAUAUUUUGAGAUAUUGUGAAAAUCAGUAUUAAAAAGCAAAGUGAUCUUAAUAUAACAUUGAUCUACCUAGAUCAGGUACUUUGUGUAUGAGUUUGUACGUGUGUGUGGGCCCAAGAUCUCCUUUGAUAGUCUUGGUUUCUGUUUUGCUUUAUUUCAAUCUUGUAUCACACAUUUAUAUUCACUGCGCUGCAGUUCAGCCCGAGGCAAAUGAACUCACAGAAUUACAAGCACUCAAACUGCAGCGUGCACUCUCAUUUGUCUUUGUGUCUCCAUCAGUGGACUGCACCGCUGAGGUGUGUUCACACACACACGUGUGAUGUUUCUCUGGAAUGACAGGAACACUGUAUGAUGCAUAUUUAAAAAUUUAGCCAAAAAAUGGGAAAGCAGGAUCUGCUGUAAUGUUGGGUUGUUAUUAGUAAUCAUUAGUUGAUAUGGUAUCAGCCCACUGGCCUAGUUCUGUCAGCAGAAUUUUAUUUUAUUUUUUUUUGGAUAAAGGAAUCUGUAUUCAGUGAAAUAGUGCUCAUUAUUCUGAAAUUACACCCACCAAUUAAAAUAAUAAAAACACCAUUAUAUGUGUUAUAUAUGAAUAUUAUCCAGGUUUCAUUAUUCUGCAUGUAACAGCUAAUGUUUGAUUCUGUUAGACCUCACUCAAACAGGCCUCUCUGUGACCCCCUGAUAACCACCGGUUGGUACAGAAAAAUGAUUAUUUGCCAACUGGUUGACAAGUGGUUGCUGGAAGUUGCUGGUUGUCACAGCACUGUGAAAAAAUAAAAGGGGGGUGGGGAGUGUUUGUAAUUUCUGCCAGUACAUUAUCCUUUUUUUUAUGAAACUUCCAUAAAUAGUAAAUGGAGAAAUGUGAUUAAAAAAUCAGUUAAAAAAAUAUUGUACAGAAAAUUCCCCAAUUUUAAAACAGUACACUGUACUGUAUUUUUAAGGCUUUUUUUUUUACAGUGAGGUGAAAUUGGCUGCAAAGAGAGUGCUGCACCAAAAACAGGAGGUUGCGGGUUGGGGCACCAACCAAGAUAACCAGGUUGCUUGAUUUCAGAUAAUAUAAAACAGAGUCAAAUUGUGAAUGAUAUAAUUUUGAGAUACAAACUAAGCAGAUGUUAUUUAUCAAAAUGAACUGGCGAGCCCUAUUCGAGUAGGUUUGCUGGGUUUAUUGUCAGGAUCUUAAUAGUACAAUAUCCACUGUGGAAAUCAUUAGAAUGAGACCACUGUAUGUCAUUACAUGUCGUCUUCUUAUUAUUAUGUCGUGUUUUUCUUUAAAUGUUUUUUGUAAGUUAAUGUGUGCAUUUUUUCACACGUUUUUGCAUUGUCCUUUUAAUGGUAAAUUUGUAUGCCAUGAUAUAUGGUUCUUUGAUUCUGUUCUUUUUUUUUUUUAGGUUCUAAUAAAACCCUUAAGACAUCA